CUCUUUACUCUCCUCUUAUUUGACUGGCUGCAGGUAUUGGUGUCUGCCUCUUCUGCGCGCGCCCACGCGUGCUUCUGUGUGUGUGCGUGUGUCUCACUGUGUGUGUGUCUGUAGCAGAGAGAGCAAGAGGAAGAGGAGCAGCGUUUCCUCUCCCCCCUCUGGCCUCCCCGUCUCCCUGCUCCCUGUCACUCCGUCCUUCCUCCCUCCCGGACUGCACUGGCCUGGACCCUGUACCCAUCAGCCCCUUUGACUCUCCUCUCUUCACCAUCCCAUCUCAGCCGCCGCAGAACUGCCUAUUGAGAAGAAGAAAAAGCCGGAAACUAUUGUUUAUAUCUACAAAUCCCUUUAAAAGAAAACAAGGCUUAGGUAGAACUGUACUGAACAGACUGAUCUUUCCUCAGUCUUCUGGAAGUGUGACAGCACCUGGUCACAUGACCUGGAAGAGAAAAGCCAGGAGACCUUUUGGAUCCCUCUCUGAAUGGGCCGGUUAUCAACCUGGGAAGAAGUCUAAAGGCUGAUGUACUGAUCCACACUGCGACACAGCUGUGCUCUCUGUCGGCCCAAUCGGACCAUUUAUGACCUGACAGCCCUGACCCUGCACUUACUCUGGUGACUGGUUGGCUGUCAUUACCAUCUCUCUCUUCCUACUCCUGGGGAUUUCCUGUCACGUGACCAUACACCAACUUCUCCUUCAAUCCCACCAUGGAAUCCAGCAAAGUGCAGUCUGAGGGCGGCCUCAACGUCACCCUCACCAUCCGCCUCCUCAUGCAUGGCAAAGAAGUCGGAAGCAUCAUUGGAAAGAAAGGAGAAACUGUGAAGAAGAUGCGCGAGGAGAGUGCUGCUCGCAUCAACAUCUCAGAGGGGAACUGUCCAGAGCGAAUCGUCACCAUCACAGGACCCACAGACGCCAUCUUUAAGGCUUUUGCCAUGAUUGCCUAUAAAUUUGAAGAGGAUAUAAUCAACUCCAUGAGCAACAGCCCGGCCACCAGCAAGCCCCCUGUCACCUUGCGGCUGGUGGUCCCAGCCAGCCAGUGUGGCUCUCUCAUUGGCAAGGGAGGCUCCAAGAUCAAGGAGAUGAGAGAGUCCACAGGAGCUCAGGUGCAAGUGGCCGGGGACAUGCUGCCCAACUCCACAGAGCGCGCUGUGACAAUCUCGGGCACCCCGGACGCCAUCAUCCAGUGUGUCAAACAGAUAUGUGUGGUCAUGCUGGAGUCCCCACCGAAAGGUGCCACCAUCCCCUAUCGCCCAAAGCCUGCCUCCACCCCGGUCAUUUUUUCAGGUGGCCAGGUAAGAGCCGACCCGCUGGCGGCGUCCGCAGCCAAUCUCAGCCUUUUACUGCAGCACCAGCCACUGCCUGCUUACACUAUUCAGGGACAGUAUGCUAUUCCACAUCCAGAUCAGUUGACCAAGCUCCACCAGUUGGCUAUGCAGCAAACCCCCUUUACCCCCCUCGGACAGACCACCCCUGCUUUCCCCGGUCUGGAUGCCAGUCCCCCGGCCAGUACUCAUGAACUCACCAUUCCCAAUGAUCUAAUAGGCUGCAUAAUUGGGCGCCAGGGAACCAAAAUCAACGAGAUCCGUCAGAUGUCUGGAGCACAGAUCAAAAUUGCUAAUGCCAUGGAAGGGUCGUCAGAGCGCCAGAUCACCAUCACAGGAACCCCCGCCAACAUCAGCCUUGCCCAGUACCUCAUUAAUGCAAGGCUGACGUCUGAAGUCACUGGAAUGGGCACUAUCUAAUUUCUACCCAUCAUCCUUCACUGCAUCACAUGACCCUUGAGCCAAUGGCAUUACACCUUGGUUAUUAUUUUUUUUCUCUUCCUCUGUACUAGUUUACCCUGGAUUUUAAAUUAUUAUAACGAUUUUAGAUUCUGUAAUCUCUGUCUGUUCAAAAUCUCCAGUUCAGUGUUGUUCCUACUGCUCCUGCGUUGUUAUCUCAAUGCUCCUCUGUUUUGUUUUUUUUCCUAACCUCUUGAUUUUAAAGGACACUUUACUUUUUUGACACUCUAGUACCUUCCAUGUCACCAUAUAUUUUCACUGUGGGUCAUUCAUGUCGUCUUUUUUUUUUUAUUUUUAUUUCAAUCCAUAUUCUGCUGUGCUGCUGGAUCUGCACUGCUGGUUUCAAAAUUAAUGUAUUUCAAAAUGAAUAAGUAGUCAGUAGCUCACAAGGGCUCAGACUUUCACCUCACACACCAGCUAACGCCAGGAACAGACCUAGAGAUCGAGUGGCUCCCGCAUUUUUAUACACCUUUCUUUGCAACAUGAUACAACACACAAUGUCCGUUAUCAGCCUGAUUUCUGCAUUCACAUUCAGAGCUGCUGAAUAAAUAAAUAAAUAAAUAAAUAAAUAAAUACCCAGUUACAGCACACAAAGGAGUUGAAUAGAAAUGAACCAGUGUAGCUUGUGUCCUUGCUACGAUUUAUUCAAAUUAAAUAUGACCAUUACUCUAUGGCACAUUUUCAUACACAGCCGCCAUGGUAUAAUAGUCUAUAAAACAUGGUUUGUUGAUAUCUGUUAAAGCAUUACAAGUGUAAAACUGAUUCACUGAAACCUGAUUCACUGACUGCAUGAUUCAUUUUGUUUUACAAAUUACUUUCCAGUCUUUUCGGUGAACUGAAAGAGUUUAAUGGACAGCAAACGUCUUUUUGCCUGCACAUUUGCAGCUAAUGCAGGUAAAAAGCUUGUAGUCUUCGGAGAGCUUUUCGAACAUGUAGCCACCCAAUCUGCAGCUUAUACACAGCAAUAUGUUUCUCACAUGUCCAUCGACCACUGUGUCUGAGAUCAGCAAGAUUUAGGACCAUUGCGUGAAGAUGAUUAAUGAUCAUUUUAAUGGGUUUGGGUGAAAUUCUAUGUUAUAGCAUUAAUCCAGCCUGAGGUGAACCAAGGUAUUGUAGCAAAAAAUCCUUAGACACAAACUGGGCCCUAGGUGUCUACUUUUGUUAUUCAUCAAAGAGUACUUUUUGGCAUUCACAGUUUUGUUUCAAACCCCCAUGACUCAUUUUUUAAACUGGCUUCCCAUGGUUCCCCAUGUGCAGUCCAGACCUCUAUUUUCUUUCUUCUCUGGAGCCUUGUUUACCGUUUGUUUUGGCCAUUUUGUAGCGUAAUCAUCAUUGGCGAUAAAACCCUGUAACCUGCAGCUCCAUGCAGUCUCCGGUAAUUUUCCUGCGCUACUCUGUGUGUGUAAUCUGGAGUUAUUUUGAGACCCUUUCAGAGCCAAAUGUGUAGCAUUUUACUAAAUGUUCAGAUCCAUUUGGCCGGUUUUAGCUCUGGUCAUCAGCUAUUCUUCUAAAAAUGACACUCUGAACCAUAAAGCCCUGUCAAGCGCACAGCAACUUUGGUGAUAAAAGUAAAUAGACUCUAUUAUGGUUAUUAUACUGUUUUUCCAGCUCAGUGUUUAAAUCUCAAAUUAACCGUGUGUGCCUCAGUGUCAAAUUAAAAGAUUUGAUACUGAGGCUGAGUUGAAUGUAAUUCUUUCAUGGACUAUUCUUUAAAUGGAGACUUUAUAUUUCUACAUAGUCUCCAUUUUUUCCCCUAAAAUGUUCUUCAAAUCAAAAGGAUCACAUUCUGACCUGGUUUUCAAGACUCAGAUUAAGUGCAGUAAAGUAGAUUAGAAUUUGUAGACAUUUCGCAUUGAAAAGGCUUUCAAUCUGGGAUUAGACUUAAUCUGAGUCUGGAAAGAACACUUAUGAAACCACAUAUAUCCAUAAAGGAAAUUCAUGUAUUCAUGCUUAAAACAUUAUGAAGUUACUCAUGCAUCCCAUUUGGUGUGAGAUGCACAAUUAAACGAUCCAGUUAUAUGCAACUGAAUGUUAUUCCACUACGCAACAUGCUCCGAUGUAAUCAGACAAAAAUCUGAAGUUUAUUCGCAAAUUAUUUUCAGCUGUGAACACAAAAAGUAUGCACACAGUCAUCUCGAGCCAGUGGCACGCUACACAUGACUGAGAUGAUGUAAUAUUGUUGCUUUAAAUUAGUUUUGUUCAUUGAAAUUUCAUUAUAGUUUUAUUAAUGGUUGUGUCAGUAAUAUGCUAGAGAUUAUUUUAUUAAAUGUCAUAUACAUUAUAUUUUGCACUGAGUUGAAAUGUAGGAUUUUUGUGCGAGUGUCUUAGGCUGUAUUCAAACAUUCAUUUAGAUUGUAUGUUUUUGCAAGACUGUGUCUUGUAUUAUUCAUAUGGAAUGUUCUUUUUGUUAUGAUUUGGGUAUAUAAUGUGCCGUGCUGUAGCUCAUUAUACAGAAGCAUAAUAUUCUCACCUCUUAGUACUUGUAUUAUUAUUAUUAUUAUUAUUAUUAUUACAACACAAUAAAUGCAAUAAAAUAGGUGUUCCAUGAUGUAUUAAAUCAAUUAACUAUAUACAGUGCCAUCAUGUUUUUUUUUUCACAUCACAUUGCAUUUUGAUGUCUUUUCAUGUCAUUAAAGUCACUGUAUUUUCAUGUUACUUUUGUGACACCUACUAACAUUAAAUUUUACUGCUAGUCACAUGUAACACAGACAAAUCUGUUUUCAAUCAUUUAUCAUCUUUCAUACACAGUUUUUGUUGUACUAGAGCUGCAAAAAACCAAGGGCCCUUUUCCUCUUUGUGCUUCUGUAAAUUAUGCUGUUUGGAGUAAUUACUUAACAUUGCAUAAUUCGCUGCUUGCAGGUCUAUAUUAGUUUUAAAAGAUUGAGGUUAGGUUACCUUUGAAAUGUUUUGUAAAAGGAAAUAAAGUUUUGUUUUUUCCCUUGA